AUGCGAGGGGAAUUCAACAAUGCCAUUCCUGGAAGAGAACAAAAUCCCCUCUUAUUGACAUUUAAACUGUGCAAAAAUCCUAAAGAUCGUGGGAUUUCUUGCAACGAACGGAGCACUCAACAUAAACUGGAUAAUAGAGAUAUUGGUUAUAAAAAGCUUGACGAACGAAAGGACAACGAGGAAGCCUCGAAUUCAGAAGGGCGCGGAGAGGCGUACAACGAGAAUGAAUAUAGGCAGGCUUUGACCGAGAUACUUUACACGGAGCCCAAGAGCAUGGAUGCGGCCUAG